AUGAUGAUUACAGAUGUCAGACUGGAGUCACUUUCAUCAGCUCAUCAUCUCGAUCAACUCAAAGAUGCUCUAAGUCAGAUCAAGGUCGAACUCAGCCAAGAAAGGCACGAAACGGCCAGACUGAAAAGACUAUUGGGCAAUAAUAAUAAUAAUAAUAAUAAUAAUAAUAAUAAUAAUAACAUCGUCAAUGUUAACGAGGUAAAUCAGGCCAAAAUCAGAACUAGACAGAGUAACCACAUUAAUAUUCAUGAGAUAAAGUCGGCCGGCCAGUCGAGUGAGUACCUGGUCUUCGUUUCAUUGGCCGCUAUUUAUAGAGACAACAAAGCCAUC